AUGGCACCCACCUCGCCCUCAGCGGAGGAGUGGUUUAACCUCGCCGAGGCUUCCCCGCUGGAGAUCGCGGCCUGUGGAUUCGUACAACGGUGGGAUGCCGCUGUGAGCGAGUUCAACCAACGCGAAGCUCAUGACUUGGACUCGUUACUCGGCCCGAAACGGCCGUCCACCGAUAUCCAGUCGUGGCAGAAGUCUUGGACCAAGUUGGAAUUUGAGAGAAUUUCCAAAUCCAAUGUCCAUUUACUCAGAGCCUGGAAGUUGUGUUGCAACUUCCUUCACGCGUCACCUAUCGCGAUCCUAUCACCGCGACAUGGGAUAACCUGCGAACGCUCAGAGUCGCAGGAGACGGCCCGAAGCGGCAACCAGUACGCCCUGUGGUCUGAGGCGUUCUGCCAAGCACUCAGCUGCUUGGUCUGCCAUCCCAUAUGGGGACAGAAAGCGAAGCGGCUUACGGCCGCGAUACAGUUUGCGGCAAUAUGCCGCCUUGAUGAUCGCCGGCCGUGGACACUGGCGAGCUAUUCGGCAGGGGGUCGAGACAUGAAAAGGCUGAGGCAAAUCGUCUCUUCCCAAAGGAACCAACCAUUGCAUGAGUUGUGCGAAAAUUACAGCUUGGAACAAAUGGCCUGUGGCCAGGCGCCGUCAUCGCAUUACAUGCUCUUCUGCCAUAUAGGCACCUAUGCCAGGGAAAACCAGGGUCAAAUGAUCAAUCAUUCGCAGCACUUCCCCCCUCGUCUUGCAGUCCACAUCUCGGAUCUUGAAGCCAUCACAAAGGCCAUUCAUCAUCACUAUCCCGGCAGCAAACGUCUCGACUUGAUGUAUAGCGACGUCAUUGCUGGGGCCGCAACCAAGAUACGGCUGCAAAGUGCCUUCCCGAGCAGUAGCGAGCUCAAGGACACACACAUCAGGUCGUUUCUGAAUGAAUUACGACUGGUUCGCCAGGAUGUGUCUUCCAACAAGUCCGUUGGUCGGGCUCCGCCACCGACGACGACGACGUCUGUCACGACUACCGCCACUAGAGGAGCCAGCUCGCGCCGCUCCGCGGGUAUCGAGAAGAAACGGAAACGGGCCUGGGGCAGUAGGGACAAGCACGAUAAGCGCCGGAGAGAAGGAGGAUGCGAAGCCGAGUAG